GGGGUAGCUAUAGUUUUAUAAUAUGUAAUAAUAUUAUUUAUUUUUUAUUGCUUAGAUGUGUGGACGAGCUCACAGCCCACCUGGUGUUAAAUGGUUAUUGGAGCCCAUAGAUAUCUACAACGUAAAUGCGCCACACACCUUGAGAUAUAAGUUCUAAGGUCUCAGUAUAGUCACAACGGCUGCCCCACCCUUCAAACCAAAACGCAUUACUGCUUCACGGCAGAAAUAGGCGGGGCGGUGGUACCUACCCGUGCGAACUCACAAGAGGUCCUACCACCAGUUGCAAUUACUUUAUGUUUAGGCUAAUUUUUGCAUUAUCAAAAAUCAAAUUGUGCUCGCCUAGGCACAACCAUGAAUAAUAAAAUUUUUACGAAACUUCUUUUUGAAAUUUUCUUGUAGUGGUCAACAUUAAUUGUGAUUCGUAAUAUCAAAGCUGACGUUUCACAAUACAAAUGUCAUUCAAACCAUGAACAUGUAAUAUAAAAAUAAAAUAAAAACUUCAUUAAACACAUUUGGUUGCUACAAAAACUGAUAGUAUGAACUUGCUAUCGUAUUUAGGUAUGAGUUUACAAUCCGAAGUCUGCUUGUGGACGCUGCUGGGCCUAAUACGAAAUAUCUUUGAUGCCACACUAUUUAAAGUCAACGCCAACCUAAAACAGGUAUGGCAGAUGUCGAUGCCGGAUGAGCUGUCAACAUCGGUGCAGGGAGUAUUGCGUACCAUGAUUUCUGGAGUAAUGCUAGUCCAGUGCUUUACAGUAUACGUCUAUCUCGCAACGUAUAUCGUUCUACUGUACCCAGUGUUUUUGGAAGAAAGACCGGCUCUUGUUUUGCCAUGGCUUCUGGUCGCCGCUAUAAGGAAGCUGCUCUGCGAACUAACGAGCCUAGCUUUGGGCCUCGGAACUUGCGUGUUGCUGGGCGCAGCGAGGUCGCCUUGUGUAAAAUUCGUCAUUGUCAAAUUUGCCUCGAUAACGCCUAGUUUUUAUAUGUGGGUGAUUACUUUAAGCUAUUACAACGCUUUGAAAGUAGUUGCAGCCUUUAAAACCUUUCCUAAUGUAGUGCCAGCUUCCCAUUGUGAUUAUGGACUCGAACUUGCUAUAAGGCGACGUCGCACUAAGUCUCUCCAGGGGGAAGAGCAGUUACGUAGGAAAUUAUUGACAAAUUUUUAUGGGGAGCAAACUGUAUCAUCAAACGAUGAAAUCGGUUUCAUUCAAAGAAAUGAACACAUAUCGCGUAUGGUCCAUUCCACAGAUACCAGUAUAGCUGACAGUAAUGACAAAAUUAUUAACGUUAUACAAGGUCAAUUGGAGACAACAAAGAGAUUAUCCGAUGCAGGUUCAUAUGAAGAUUGGUGUAUAAAUGAAAUUGUAAUACCCCGAGAUACAGAUCGUAUACUCGAACAAUUCGUUUUAAUGUCUUUACGGGUUAGUGAUUACUUAAAAAAGGAAGGCACAGAUUCUAUGAAUUCUCAAAGUCUUAUAUUAAAGACAUCAAAUUUUUCAUAUAGACAAGAUGCUUUACAUUGUGCAGCCAUUACAACUGAUAUUAUGGAUAAUUCUUCAUAUUUAGGAAGUAUUAAAGGCAGUACAGCUUCUUACUUAAAAGAAUACCCGAAGAUAUUCAUGAAAAAACCAUCACAUGAUCAAACUCCACACAAUACUCAGAAUCUUAAUAGCGCCCUUGUGUCUAGUUCCAACAACAGCGAAUGUAAACGUUCAAAUUUGGAAACCUUUGAUAGUUUUGAUACGAUGGAACAAAGUUUUAGUCCAAAACAAUAUUCUUACGAAAAUAAUAUUAGCACGCAGCGAAUCGAUAGAGAUCUGACAAUACCACAAGAAAAACCAAAAUGCUGCCAUAAAUUAUGUAGAAUGCGCAGCAUUGAUAUUCCAAUAGAGACGAACGAAGAAACAAUUAGGAAUAGUGAUGAAUCAAUAGAGUCAGUUGGUAAUCUUAAGGCGAUUGCUAAGAAAUUCAAUGAUGUAAGAUUAACAGAAUCUCAAGAUACCGAAGUGGAUGAUGCAAAAGAUGUCGAUAAAAAAGAUAAAACACCUAGCAUAGUAUCUUUAAAUAAUUCAAAAUAAAACACAAACUUUUCUUACAAUUUAAUAGGCGUAAUAAUUAAAAACAGCGUAACAACAAAUUUAAAUUUAUGAAUAAUUUGUUUUUCAAAUGUAUUGCUUGCAUACUGUUUUUUCUACGACUUCCGCAGGGUCGAAAUAUAUAACUCUAUAAUUGUAAUCAAGUGGAUCUAUUAAAUUAAACUGAUAAAAUGGCAA